AUGACGCUAGCUAAUAAUCAUAAAUAUAAUAAUGAGAGAGAAAUAAUUCUUUUGGGGUUUUUAAAUGUUGAUAAUGUAUAUGGAGAAAAUUGGGUCAGUAAAAAAGAAGAAAUAAAAAAAGACGUAGAAUAUAAAGUAGUAAAAUUAAAUCAGGCUUUUAAAUAUCCAUCAAUAUUUCAAGAAAAUUUUGAAUUUCUUUCUUCUGAUGAUUAUAAUUAUGUAAAAAAUAAUUAUAUAUAUAGUGCCAUUCUUAUAUACAAUCCACAUUUAAAUGAUAUAACCACAAAUAGUAAUAAUAACCAUGAUAAACAAAAUAGUAUAUUUGGUAAUAAAAAAUGUAAUAGUAAUUGUCGAGUUACAAUAAAUGAAUGUUUAAAUGAUUCAAAAAGGUUAAAUAGCGAAAUAAAAAAUCAGGAAAAUAUUAAAGAAAAUAAUGAACUAAAAGAACAAGAAGGAAACUAUAAUUCAGAAAAAAAAAAAGAGGGAAUAGGAGUCUUAGUUGUAACAUGCAAAAAAAUGGAUAAACCAAAAAUGAAACAUAUUCUCAUUAAAAUGAUAAAAAAAGAAAUAAAAGUUGAGUCUACUGUUUUAAAAUAUAACGGAAUUAGUAACAUCGCAAAUAGCGCAAAUAGCGAAAAUAGCGAAAACAACGCAAGUAGCGAAAACAAUGCACACACAAAUAAAUAUGCAGACAGAGCUUAUAUAUCUCCAUCAAUAAAUAUCGACAAACCUUUUGAUGUUAGAAGAAAUAAUUUUUUUAAUAUGACUGCAUAUAUAUAUGGGUCGUCAGCAAUUUUAGAAAAUACGAAUCUCAUUCAAAGGGAAUAUGGAGAUGAUGAAUGGGCAAACAAGUUGAGAAAAACAAAAAAGGAAAGAAAAGAAAUAAACAAAACUAAUAAUGAUAGUAAUAUUGAAAUGUUUAAGGACAAUAAAAUAAUAAAAACUUUCACAUCCUUAUUUAAGAAGUAA